AUGACCGACGAGAAAGGAACGGAAGAGAUUAGCAGAAAGAUCGAGGCUACGGGUAUAAAGAAGGACUUCGGAUUCGGAAAUGAGCUUUUUAAAGACCUUAAAAAAGGACGGACUACCGGCAACUAUAUCGGUAAUCCUUUAUCGAUUAGACUAUUAGCUAAGCAAAGCAUACUUGCGUAUAGCACUUUAAGCGCUUUUGAUAAUAACGGUAACGAUUUCCUUAAGCUAAGAGCAGCAGACCUUUAUCUAAAAGCAAAAGAGUUGGUUUUCCGAUACGAGUUGACUUCCGACGAUUAUUUAGCGGCGUUUUUUAUUAUGCUUACGAAGGAAGCGAUUACCUUUUAUUAUAAUUACGUAAUCAAAGCUCGGCUUCUUACGUUUAAAGCGAACGCUAUUGCAGUGAAAGACCACUUCGAGAUUGACUAUCGGCGCGAGUGCUUUAAGAAGCUCGUUAAGGAGCUCAAAGGCAUUCAAGGCUCUUUACGACCAAGUUUAAAAGAUAAUCGGAGCCUUGCUAACAAGCUGUAUUUAGCUUAUAAAAACGUGCUAGAGACUACGAUUGUACGAAUGAACCUUGCUUUUACUUUUAUUGCGGCAGUUGCUGACAUCCGUCGAGCAAUUGCCUUUGCAAUUGAGACCUCUCGACCUUCCGCUAAAGCGAGUAAAGCUUACACGAGCUUUAGCGAGCUACACGAUCACACUUGCUCUCAGCACGCUUUAAAGGCUGACUCCGAUUUGGACGAAGAAUACGAAUGCUUUAUUUAA